ACGGGCGCCGUUGGGAAAGAGACCAUACUUCAUAACGACUGAACAACAUAAGCAGUCUUCCUUAGCAACUACCGCAGAAUGUAUACUUCCUUGUGAUUGUUAAUCAUCGCACACACCUAUUCAGCUGCAGCAGCAGCAGCAAGGUCAACACUGUCAUAAUGUUUAAGGCAGCAGGAAGAUCAUUAAGCCAGCUGAACCACUCGCUCCCCGGCGGAGGGUCGAGGUGGUGUCCUGGAGGCCUGGACAGAAGGGUCGCUUUGGCACACGUCCUUAGCACCUCAAAAUGGGGAGCAGCACCUCCCGCCUCCAGCCCAGCACUAUGCCUUCAUAGUGGUGGGGGGAGGGAAAGCCUGGAUCAGUCUUCCUUUGAGUCUCCUGUAAAAUGUCAACAACUCAGGUUCUACCGAUCAGGAAGGGUCAGCAGAAGCAUUGAACAAGAGAAACCACAACCACAGAAAGCCUCACCACAGCUGAUGGAGUUCCCCUGGGUGGUGUGGCCAAGUCUGUGGCAUUCUAUUCGGAACUGGAUAUUUGCCAACCUCCUGAUUCACCGCUAUUUAGAUCAAGAAUUUGAUAUGACAUCUUUUAAAAGAGGAGCUAUUCAGGCUCUGGUGUAUGUAUCUCAAGAGCUUUCAAAAGGCAACUUUGAAGCUCUUGAAGGUUUAGUGACAACACCUUCUUUGGAAGAAAUCAAAAAGAAUUUUGCCCAUUUUUCUUUGAAACAAAGGCUGGACCUGGCUGUUGAGAAAGAAGAUAUAUUUUUUUCAUUCCCCUAUCAAAUUGGAAUGAUAUUUACCAAUGAAGGUACCACUCACGAGCGUAUUUUUGUGGAGAUUACCAUGUGCUACCACGUAUUCCGAGGUUUCCAGGAAUAUGUGAACUCCCCCUCAGCUAGUGAAGGUGGUCUGAGGGCAGUCUAUGAUAACCAUGAGCGCAUAUCCAUUGCUAACUAUAGGUUUAUCCGAGAGUUUACUAAGGGGGUUGUGGAUGACUGGACCAUAAGUCUAGCAAACCACUUCAAGCCAGGAGAGCACCUUCAGCGCCAGUGAUGGACAAACGUAGCUGAUAUGUGCAUUGUAAUGAAUUUAGUAUGCAAAUUAAAAGUUUAUGAAGGAAUUAUUUAUGUAUUUUUAUUCCAAAAUUUACAUAAUACUGUAAACUUAUCCAGUGUUUUAUUGAUCACAAGUCAUCAAGGAAGUAAUUUGUAACACAUGAGCAAGUCAUUAGUAAUGUUUAUGUAACUAAAAUCUAGAGCUAUGAAUACCUGAUUAUAAAUUAUUACACUGGAUGUCUCUUGUCCCACAUUAUGAGACGUUUAUAAUGCAUGAUUCUGUUAUAAAGGUUCAGAUUAAUUUUGAGACUAACUCAUCAGACAUGAAAGAGUUACAACGACUUAAAGUUGAGUAGCAAUAUUAUGUUAAUUAGCCAACCACUGUUUGAUAAUUUCUUGUGUUAUUUUGACAUGUUUACCUUAUCUUCUGAAUUCAGUUUUAUAAGUAAAUAAAUGACAAUAACAAUACAAUGUGAACCAAUGUACAAUUAUAACUGUCAGGGUUUAUUGAUGUAUUGUGCUACAGUAUUUAUUUGUGAAAUGACUAUUUUUUUAUUGUAGCUUGGUGUAAUUAAAAUAAAUGGCAGAAUAGGAA